GAUAAAGCGGCAACAAGAGUACCUUUAUCACAGCGGUUCACUGUUCACUUCCGUGUGGGAACCUUACGGCUAAAACGAAACAUUACUAUGGGGAGGACGGAGCGUCGCUCUCAGCAUGGUCAGUGAUGGGAGCAUGAUCCACAGGCAGGUUUUAUUCUCUCAGGAUUUGAUGUGCUUUGAGUUGGCGAGUCAUUAUGCUGCUGCACCUGUGUGGUGUUAAGAACCUGUACCAGGGCAGGUUUCUGACUGCUAUGUCCUCUCCAUCCCGGAGCUCCCAGAGCCAUCGGCGGUGUAAGAACAGGGCACGAUAUAGCCUCACGGCUGAACAAUGCCCCCCAAUCAACCCCAGCAACCCUUUAACCCUGCCACGAUCGUCUAGCGACCCAGACCUAGUGUCUAGCCACAGCCGCUCCACCCUCACAGUCAAUGCCUCGACCUACAGCAUCGGCCAGCCGCAGGACAUCCUCAUCUGCUGGGACAUCAAAGAGGAAGUAGACCCUGGGGACUGGAUCGGCAUGUACCUGAUCGAUGAGGUUCUGUCAGAGAACUUCCUGGAUUACAAGAACCGUGGGGUAAAUGGGUCCCAUAAAGGGCAGAUUGUUUGGAAGAUUGAUGCCAGCUCUUACUUUAUGGAGUCUGAGACCAAGAUUUGUUUCAAGUAUUAUCAUGGAGUGAGCGGAGCACUGAGAGCCACCACCCCCUGUGUAACAGUCAGAAACCCUUCAGCUAUUGUCUUGAAGCCUGUGAUGACUCAGGAUGUCACUCAGAGUCUCGGCAACAGGAGGCUCAUCAGUUUCUCCCUGUCAGACAUCCAGGCAGUGGGUCUGAAGAAGGGGAUGUUCUUCAAUCCUGAUCCAUAUUUGAAGAUCGCCAUCCACCCUGGAAAGCACAGCAUCUUCCCUGCUCUCCCCCACCAUGGUCAAGAGAAGAGAUCAAGCAUCAUCUGCAACACCAUAAACCCCAUCUGGAAGAGAGAGAGAUUUAACUUUGUCUCUCUGCCAACGGACGUUUUGGAGAUUGAGGUGAAAGACAAAUUUGCCAAGAGCAGACCCAUCAUCAAACGCUUUUUGGGCAAAUUGUCUUUGCCUGUGCAACGGCUACUGGAGAAGCAUGCUAUUGGAGACCGUGUGAUUAGCUAUGCUUUAGGUCGCAGGCUGCCAACAGAUCAUGUUAGUGGACAGCUGCAGUUUCGCUUCGAGAUAACAUCUUCUAUUCAUCCAGAUGAUGAGGAAGUGUCUGUUAAUGCAGAGGCUGAGACCCCUGACCAGCAGGAAGCAGAGGAGCUGAAUAUCGACCCACCAGUAGCUGCUGAUUUGGAUGCAAAGGAUGAAGAUCUAAAUGAGCUCAAUGAGAAUAUCUCUCUGGAUGUAGAGGCACAGAAUCCUCUGCUGCUAUCUUCCACUAAACCUAGUUCUCCUGCUCAUAUUGUUUCUAGCACAGAGGAAUUGGAGGAAACUGAACAUCUAGAGGAGGCACUGAAAGAUAAAGAGAACAGUCCAACUGAGGAUUUGUCAUGCACAGUUCAGCUCACGGAACAUCUGGAGCAGAGCCUUGAGGAACCAGCUCAGGAGCUUGGAGAGGUACAUUGUGAUUUGGAUGCAGAAGAUACAGUGGAAGUUGUGGAAGCUCAUAGAGAUGAAGCUGCAACUGAUAUAGUCACAGGAGAUGAGGAGAUGGUUGAAGAAGCUAUUAAGGUAAGGACAGAAGAGGUUGAAGAUACUGCAGAGUUGCAAGGAGCUACAGGCUCAGUGCAGACAGGAGUAAGAGAGGAGGAAGAAAGUGAGAGUGUAGAACCAUGUUCUCCAAGGACAGCAUGUAUAAUAAAGCGAAAAGCCAUGAAGCGCCGCCCCUGCUCGCUGCCUGUCUCUGAACUAGAGACAGUCAUUGCCUCUUCUUGCACAGAACCUGAGACUCCACGAUCACACUACAUACGUAUACACCACCUCCUGCAUAGCCUUCCUUCUGCCCGGCAUAGCUCUUGUAGCCAAGAUGAUGGGGACACAAUAGAUUCUUCUGAGGAUGUCAGUCUAAAACCUGUGGAGUACGAAAAGGAGGUAGCUGAUGAGACGGAGGAAGGGUCAAGCGAGACUCGAUCUCCAUCAAUAGUCCCAGAGUGUCUUGGACCUUGUUGUAGACGGAUUCUGCCUCCGAGCCUCUCCAUCGAACGGCUGUCAGAGCUCAACCAGCUUUUGGAGGGUGAGACUCGUUCACGUCUUGAGAGCGUGGAUGGCGAAACGGAAAGUGGAGGCCAACGUGUUCACAGGGAGAGUGAGUGUGAACUGUGUGACAACUCCUGCUACAGCACCUCAUGCUACAGUACAUCCUGUUACAGCACAUCCUGUUACAGCAACUCAGGCCACGAGGGACGAAAUCGCAUCUGCAGCCACACACGCCUGUCAUCUGUGGACAGCACACGAUUGUCAGAGAGCACCGUAUUUUCUUCGCAGGAGGAAGAGGAGGAGAACAGUGCCUUUGAGUCAGUAACAGACUCAGGGCAGAGCCCAGAAUCAAGGGAGUUGGGAGACAUUUCCAGCCAGUGGAUGGAGGAUCAAAUUGAGGGUGGUCACUCUCAGUCUCCAGUAGCUGGACCCAGUGUUGGUUCACCAGGAGCUAGUCACCGGCCAAUCAGUCAGCUUCCUGCUAUGCGGGGCACCUCGCACCAUUACCCCAGUGUUGAUGAAUCAUUGCCAACAAACUGGGAGGCCAGGAUAGACAGCCAUGGUCGUGUCUUCUACGUUGACCAUGCGAAUCGCACCACCACAUGGCAAAGACCUGGCCAUGCCACAAAAUGUCCCAGCAUGCAGCGCUCCAAUUCCAUCCAGCACAUGGAGCAACUCAACAGGAGGUAUCAGAACCACCAGAGGACCAUGGCUACUGAGGAGGAUGAGUUGGGAGGCCAAAGGCUGGAUAGCAGCAGCAGCACAGAGACAGAGAAUGACGUCCCAACUCAGCCUGCUGAUCCAAGGAGAGAAGGCUCAUCCAGUGCCCCACCAGUGAGCAGUCAGAUGAUCACACUGCUUCUGCAAAGCCCAGCAGUCAAGUUUGUUACUCAUCCAGAAUUUUUCACAGUCCUCCAUGGCAAUUAUGGGGCAUACCGGAUGUUCACCAACAGCACCUGCCUAAAGCACAUGAUUCUGAAAAUCCGCCGGGACGCUCGCAACUUUGAACGCUACCAACAUAACCGCGACCUUGUCACAUUCCUUAACAAGUUUGCAGACACACAGCUGGAGCUGCCACGAGGCUGGGAGAUCAAAGUAGAUCCACAGGGCAAGUCAUUUUAUGUGGACCACAACAGCCGAGCUACCACCUUUAUCGACCCCAGGAUCCCCUUUCAGAAUGGAGGUUUGCCUAAUCACCUCACACAUAGGCAACACUUACAGAGACUACGCAGCUACAGUGCUGGAGAGGCAUCCGAUGUGUCCCGCAGCCGAGGUGCGUCUCUCUUGGCCAGGCCAAGCAACAGCCUUGUAGCAGCUAUCAGGAGCCAGUACCAGAAUGACUCAGUGCCCUUAGCAUAUAAUGAAAAGAUUGUGGCUUUUCUACGCCAACCGAACAUUCUGGAACUGCUCCAGGAAAGGCAACCUAGUUUGGCCCGAAAUCACACACUCAGGGAGAAGAUUCAUUACAUCAGGACAGAGGGGCCACAGGGGGUGGAGAAGCUGUCUUGUGACGCAGACCUGGUUAUGUUGUUAAGUUUGUUUGAAGACGAGAUCAUGUCAUACAUCCCGGCUCAUCCAUUCCAUCCUGGCCUCAACUUCUCCCCGAGAUGCUCUCCUGGAUCCUCACCCCAGAAUUCACCAGGACCGCAAAGAGCCAGAGCACCUGCUCCAUAUCGCAGGGACUUUGAAGCCAAACUGCGCAAUUUUUACAGGAAGCUUGAAGCCAAGGGCUAUGGCCAAGGGCCAGGAAAAAUCAAGCUGAUCAUCAGAAGAGAGCACCUGCUUGAAGGCACCUUUAAUCAUGUGAUGGCAUAUUCACGCAAGGAGCUCCAGAGGAAUAAACUCUACAUCACGUUUGUGGGAGAGGAAGGGCUGGACUACAGUGGGCCUUCGAGGGAGUUCUUCUUCCUGCUGUCUCAGGAGCUUUUUAACCCAUACUAUGGUCUGUUUGAGUACUCAGCCAACGAUACCUACACCGUCCAGAUCAGCCCCAUGUCUGCCUUCGUAGAGAACCAUUUAGAAUGGUUCCGCUUCAGCGGACGUAUUUUGGGCUUGGCACUGAUUCAUCAGUUCCUACUGGAUGCAUUCUUCACCAGGCCCUUCUACAAGGCUCUCCUCCGACUAGCGACCGAUCUGAGCGAUUUAGAGUACUUGGAUGAAGAGUUCCACCAGAGCCUACAGUGGAUGAAAGAUAAUGAUAUUACAGACAUUCUGGAUCUGACCUUCACUGUGAAUGAGGAGGUCUUUGGACAGGUAACAGAGAGGGAGCUGAAGUCAGGAGGAUCCAACAUUCAGGUUACAGAGAAGAACAAGAAGGAGUACAUUGAGAGGAUGGCUAAGUGGAGGGUGGAGAGAGGAGUGGUGCAGCAGACAGAAGCGUUGGUUCGGGGUUUCUAUGAGGUGGUAGAUUCCCGUCUGGUGUCGGUUUUUGAUGCUCGGGAGCUGGAGCUGGUCAUUGCAGGAACGGCAGAAAUUGACCUGAAUGACUGGAGGUCCAACACAGAGUACAGAGGAGGCUACCAUGACGGACACAUCGUGAUUCGGUGGUUUUGGGCGGUGGUGGAGCACUUUAAUAACGAGCAGAGGCUACGGUUGCUGCAGUUUGUGACAGGCACAUCCAGCGUGCCAUACGAGGGCUUUGCAGCCCUGCGUGGGAGCAACGGCCCACGCCACUUCUGCAUCGAGAAAUGGGGCAAGAUCACGUCUCUACCCAGGGCUCACACAUGCUUUAACCGCCUGGAUUUGCCCUCGUACCCUUCGUACAAUAUGUUGUAUGAGAAACUGCUGAUCGCCGUCGAGGAGACAAGCACUUUUGGUCUGGAGUGACCGAUCCAUUGACAGUGAAGAGACUAUAUUUUGUAAAGAUACUGUACUUUGAUUUACUGUCACUAUAUCUUCAAGAGACUGCUAUUUUUUAAUUGAAAUUCAUUCAAGCUUUCCUUUGGGAUUUUUUUUUUUUUUGUGCUUAACUGAAAGUGCAUGAAAUGUACGUAAUGGAAAAUUGUAUAUUAUUAUUAUGGGGAUGAGGGAGGGAAAUUCAGUAUUAGUGUAUAAAGAAAACCUGCAUCCAGCCUUCCAGGUAGUAUAUCUGACUGAAUUCUCGUGCUAAUGUUAUUGUUACUAAGGAGGCGUUUUAUGACCUUAUCUUGCUGUUAUUGUGCAUGAAGGAUAAAGCUCACCUGACCAGUGGCCUACAUACUGUAGAGGAUAUGACGUCUAGCAUUACCUAAGUUAAAAAUGACCAUUUGACCUUUUGAGUGAAAAUUAUCGUCACUGAGAAAAUGGGAAGAUGUAUACACAUAAUCACUGUGAUAAAAUAACAUCCAGAGCUCAGGGUCUAUCAAUAACACCUUUUCAGUGACCUGUUCAGCCAGAUGUAAUAUUAUAUUAGAAUGAUAUUAUCAUUAGCUCAACAAAGCUGAAUUAUAUCACAGGGUCUCAUUGAUGGCAUGAAAAGAAUAUGGAAGACAAUAUUACACUUUCAGACAAACACACACUUAAAGAUAACUAGGCUACUGCGUUCAUGAUUUCUAACCUUUUAACGUUCAUUAUUUCAAGUUUAUUAUGACCUCAGAAUAUAAAACAGAAAAUUUAACCCUUUUCACUGAAAUGAAAAAACUCUAAUCGUACAUUUCUUACAUCUGUCCUUUCGUGUCAUAUGUAAUUUGAUUGGACAUUGUGUGCUUAAUAUAUUUUUCAAAGGGGAAAAAUAUUUCCCCUUAUUUAUAUAGUAAAUAAUCCACCUUGUUCACAUUGCUUGGAUCUACAGUCUGGGCUAGAAAGAAAUCAGGUCCAGCCUCAAUUUUUUAUACUAUUCAUACAAUGUGUCUUUCUUAUCAGUGAUGCUGUAAUGCUUGUUUUUACAAAAAUCCCAAAUAAUCCAUGAGAAGUUGUUUGUUGACAGCAAAUGAUCUGAUGUAGAAACCGAAUAUAAAAUCAUAUAACAAUAUUUAUUCAUGAGUUCAGUCAGUAGACUGAAAUUCUGAAGCACUGUUAUUUAUGGUAGUGUCCUCUCACUCCAGAAGAUACAUUGGUAAAAAGAAAGCAGGAUGAUCUGGGUGAUGUAAGGGAAUUAAGAGUAUACCCAGGUUAGCAUCCUAAAUGCUAAUCUCUUCAGGAUGCGCUGGUAUUUCUGACUUGAAAAUUCUUGAGUGCUUUCACUUGAGAACUCUUUCAUGAUGAGUUGUUCAUUAGAUGAUUCAGACACCAUGAAAGGCAUGUUGUUAUUGCUUUAAUUCUCAAGAAAACAAAUAAAACAGACAGGAUAUCACUCUGAUCAUAGUAUUCAUUAUGCCAAAUUGUUAAUAUGCCAAACGGCAGGCCAAGUACUGGAAAAAACUGGAAUAUGCAACGAACAUAAGGAGCCUUGAUAAAGCAGUGCAUUUAAUUAAUAUUGUGAUUUUUUUUUCCUUUCCUGAGCUUUUGCCAUUGUACCUCCAUGAUUAUUUUGAGCAAUGUACAUUACUGAGACCACAGAGAUAUCCAUAUUAACCCUUACAACUAGAGAUGGACUACUGUACAAUUUCCAGUAUGGCAUCUGACACUGAAAUCAAAUCUCUAGUAUUUAUCUGUAGGUAUAUACAGAACAUAUGCUUACUGUCUUAAAAGUUGAUUUUGUAGCUCAUAUUUGUUUUAGGUUUCAUAGGAUAAUUAUAAUACAAUGUCUUUUAAGGUUUCUUGAUCCAUUUUUAUGUUUUAUAGUACAUGCUAUUGUUUUGUUGUUUUAUUUUUUAUUAGCACGAGUGUGAUCAGAUGAAUAUGACUGACGGUAAUGUGAACUGAUGUCAUUCAUUACUUACUUAAUGUUUUAUAGUUUAUUUCACUGGGCACAACUUGUGUUUAUUUAAUUGUUGUAUUACUUUGAAGGGACCAUUAAUAAACUGCAGAUGAGUUUUAAUAACUUUACACUAAUGCCUAUGAUCUAUUCCUGUAAUGCACUGAAUUAUUGAAAUAUGU